AUGGAACAACCAUUCAAUGGAACAGCGUUGAGUCAAAAUUUUGAAGAACUAAAAUUUGAAGAUGGGGGCGUAUAUUACGGAGGAACAAAUGGAGGUAAAGCACAUGGAUAUGGAAUAUGUACAGGACCAGGUGGAGAAGGUCAGUAUUCAGGAGCUUGGUCAGGGGGAUUUGAAGUUAAUGGAUCCUAUUCCUGGCCCAACGGCAAUGCUUAUCACGGUCAGUGGUUGCAAGGCAAACGACAUGGUUUGGGUAUGGAGAAACGUAAUCAUUGGAUUUAUCAAGGCGAAUUGACAAAUGGUUUGUUUGGAAAGUAUGGUGUCAAAAAACAUCAAUUCACUGAUGCAAGGUACGAAGGAACAUGGUCAUCAGGUGUGCAAUGUGGGUACGGAGUCGAAACAUAUGCAGACAAAGGAACAUAUGUCGGGCAAUGGCAAAAAGGUGCGAGACAUGGAUAUGGCAUAAGAACGAGUUCAACAUUCAAACUUGCCGCAACAAGCCCCCAAUCAUACGCCUUGUCUAGAAAAUUUUCUUUGACUUCUGCUAGAAUCCCACCCCCUCACAUUUAUGAAAAAAUUAGUCACACCAAACUAUUACCCGUUAAUCGCAUUGGAUUUUUUUUAAAAGGUAAAUAUAAUGAUCAAGAACCGGAAGCAUUAAAAACAUCAGAUCAAACAAAAUUUGUUGAUAAAACGUUGAAAGGUAAUAUUGAAUACUUACAACAAAAUAAUUCCGGUUCAGCAGUUUUGAGUGACGAACAAUCAACAAGCAAGAACAUAAAUAAGAUGAGUCUUACCGCAAAUUCAUCAAAUUUAUUGUGUUUGAAUUCUGUACCCGAAGAAGCGUGUGAAAUUUAUUCCGGUGAAUGGAAAAAUGACAAAAGAAAUGGGUUCGGAGUGUGUCAUCGUUCAGAUGGACUUAAGUACGAGGGGGAAUGGAGUGAUAAUUGCAAAAACGGGCAUGGCGUAACAACUUUUUCAGACGGAAGUAAAGAAGAAGGAUUGUACAAAAACAAUGUUUUGACAGAAGCCAUGAAACGUUUAAAUGUCUUAAAAUUAGGAAAAACAAAAGAGCUCAUUGAUGCAGCUGCUAGCUCAGCAAACAAAGCAGCUCAAAUUGCUUCCCAAAAAGCACAAAUCGCUAUUUCGAGGUAG